AUGGCCACAAACAUCCUCCAAGCAAAAUGGAACCACCACUCCGAAGAAGACGAAGAUCACAAAGACAAUGAGCAACAAGAAGAAGAAGAAGAAGAUGAUGAAGCAUUGUCACUCUGCGAUCUUCCGAUCAACCUCGAGGACCCACCGGGAAACCAAGAACACUCUCGCCCCAACGAAACAUCGCAAGAAGAAUUCAAUUUCCGGUUAUGGCGUGCUCCCUUUAACAAAGAGCCCGAAAUGUGUGCAGCGGAUGAAGUCUUCUUCAAGGGCCAAAUCCUCCCGUUGCGCGUCUCGUUCAGCUCCGAGGCCGGGUUGUUAGCCACGGUGUCCCAAUCUCAACAACAUUACGGUAAGCAAUUCGUUAGGUCAGAAUCGUUGGAUCGCAAUUCUAGCGAUUAUCGUAGUAGUAGUAAUAGUAGUAGAAGUAGUAGUCUCAGAAGUCAAAACUCUUCCACUAGCACUAGCACUAGCUCCACAACCACAAACACAACAAUUCCCAAAAGUAAGCACAAAAUUCGAAACCAAUUUCACACGCACCCAAGUCCCAAACCGCAAUUAAGAGCAUCAGCUCCAACACACAACCAAGGUAGAAAAUCCACGUCAGCAUGGGGAAUUUUCCGUUUAGGUGUUGUCCCUGCUCCCGAGAUAGGGUUACAAGAUCUCAAGGUUCGAAACCGAAACUGCGUCGUCGUCAGUCGUAAUAGUAGUAAUAGUAACAGUAACAACAACAACAACAGUUCGAAAAGUGUCAAAACAAGUAACAGGAACAACAAGAAGGGCAGCAGCAAUUACAAUAAUGUUUUGAAACAGUUAGUGGGCAAAGGCGGUGGUCUAUUGAGUGGUUGUGAUUGUUCCUUUGAAACAGUGCAACCCAACAACAUUGUCAUGAUAAAAGGUGGUAAUGGUAAUAGUGGUGGUGGUACCGCUAAAAGCACGAACAUGACAGAAAGUACAACGCACGCCGCGAAAGAAAAAGUGGUCGAGUUUAAGAAGCACAAGCAGCAAAAGCAGGGAAAGAAGGUUACGUCACGUCGCCGAACGUUUGAAUGGAUAAAGGAGCUUCAUGCAAGCCAACCUGAUGAUGAAGAGGCUUUGUUAUCAAACGCAUCAUGA